AUGGAGCAAUUAUUCAGGAACGAAAAGUUGAAUGUUAGUAUAAGAAUAGUGAGGUGGGGUGAGGGUAUAUUAUUCUAUGCAAAAGAUGUGGCGGAAUCACUAGGGUACGAGGAUCCAAAAAAGGCAGUUCAGAAACUAGUUAGGAAACAAAAUAAGGUAAGCGUAGAGGAGCUUCGCAUGGGGGGUGAAUCGCCCCCCUUGCAAAAAUGUCACCCACAAACGAUUAUGCUAUACGAACCUGGUUUGUACCAGCUAAUAUGUAGCUCAAGAUUCCCAAUAGCAGAGGCCUUUCAGGACUGGGUAUUCAGUGAGGUGCUUCCAUCGAUCCGUAAAACAGGCUCAUACAAAUUACCAGAAUCUGAGCCACUCUAUUGUAAUCAGAUGAAGCUAAUUAAUGAAACGGACCUUCAUUAUGCUGUUGUAGAAUAUCUUAAAAAGUACCACCCAAAAGCCCUAAUCCUACCGGAACUAGGAGAGUACCAUGAUACAUGA